AGAGCAACUGCAAACAUUCCUGUACAUGAGUUCUACAGACCUACACAACAGGGUAGAGGGCUCCACCAUUGAGACCCCCACCAAACACAAGAACAGGAGCCCUGCAUCCCCUGUUCCACUUUACUGUAUGGUCGAAGCUAGGAGGGACUUGAAUGGAGUGGCAGUCAGGCCUAAGUCUAUGGGACUGACAAAUAUAGCCUAUGAAUAAAAAGAGCCAAUCCGAAGAUGACGUUCGAAAAUUCGAAGCAUAAGCUCUUUCUGGCUAUUACAUUCCUAACCAUCAUGUUCAUAAGUGUCUUAACACAUCGCCAUUUCACACAGAUAUCUCCUGCAAAAGUUUAUUUAUCUGAAUUAACCACGAAACCAGAUGUAAAGUCCAUAAGAAGAAUUACCCUAUUCGAAGAUGAGCUUCUUAUCCUUAACAAGGUAUCUCAAAUGAUCCAUACGGCGAACCUGAACCAUACAGAUUUUGCAUCAAGUGCUAAGAUGAGCAGAGCCACUAUUAUAAACCCAAGAAAGAAGUACUGCACUGGAGACAAUUUAAUUAUCCAAAUUUAUAUGUUUGAUUACUUGGGUAAUAGGAAGACGUAUGGAGGUGACUUCAUAAAGCCUAGAAUAUUUAACUCCGAAAUGAAUGCCGGAGCUUCGGGAGUGGUUGAAGACUUUAACAAUGGAACAUAUCACGUCAACUUUACUUUAUUUUGGGAAGGAAAAGUCUAUAUUUCUUUGAUACUUUACCAUUCUAGUGAGGCGGUUUCAGCUCUAUGGAGAGCAAGGGACAACGACUAUGACCUCAUAAACUUUGUAGGAACAUUUGUGAACAGAAGCCAGUCCGUUAAAAGUGAAUGUGGGUUCAAGGUAGAUUUGACAAAAGAAGUGUGUGAAUAUGGAUCCAUAAAAGACUCUGAGUCAUUUUAUUGCAUCAAACAGGACAAUUUCCCCUGUGGUUCUCUAAGUAUUCUCCAGUCUUUCAACAGAGCCAUUAGCUUCCUUAGUAACAUGGAGAAGCCGUUGUUUAACAGGGAAAAUGUAGCCAUUAAUAUUAAAGGAGAUUUUGAUUACAUUGACGUAUCCACAUGUACAGAUCCAGCUCCAUCUAACUUAAGCACCUGUAGAAUUGGGAUGAAAUCUCCAUUUCCCAGUGGUUUUGCAUUGCAAAAUAAGUGGCAACCUGUCUUCUGUAAUAUCCCUGACUUUAGCACCGAAGAUAAGAUUUAUGCUUGUUUACAGAAUAAGCUAAUCUAUUUUUUGGGAGACUCAACAGUGCGACAAUGGUUUGAAUAUUUGGUAAACACACUAAAAGAAUUCAAGAACUUUAAUCUCUACCGUGCUGGUCUACCUUCAAAACAUUUUGCAGCACAUGAUAAAAGGAAUACACUGCUGUUCUUUAAGAAGCAUAGUCACCCCUUUGUUGCAUCACAUUUCUAUGUCACUAAAGAUGACUUUUACAUGAGUGAUGAAAUUGAUCACUUAGAAGGAGGUCCACACCAUGUGCUCGUCCUCUCAAUUGGGCAACACUUCAGGCCCUUCCCAAUUCAGCUCUUCAUCAGGAGAGUUUUCAAUGUGCACAGAGCUGUGGAAAGACUCUUCAUAAGGAGUCCAGAUACAAAGGUCAUCAUCAAAGCUGAGAACACCCGAGAAAUCCGGGAUGCAGAGAGAUUGAGUGACUUUCACGGCUACAUCCAAUACCUGAUUGUAAAGGAAGUCUUCAAAGAUCUUCCGGUUGCUACAGUUGAUGCAUGGGAUAUGACAAUUGCCUUCAAUACAGAUAACGUCCAUCCACCGGUGACUGUAGUCAGGAACCAGAUAUACAUGUUCUUGUCAUAUAUUUGUUCUUAACAUAUUUAAAGGGCAUCUGUCUAUGAAACUGGGUGACCUGUUACAUGUGCACUUGGCAACAUAAGGCAUCUGUGUUGGUAGGAGCAAUGGGGGUGUUACUGAUACACCUAAAGGCUUCAUUUUCUCUGUAACAGCCGCGCUCUCUGCACUUUGACAGGGCCAGGCGUGAUCACGUUUACACUACUUGACCCUGUAAAUCAAAGUGCACAGGGCAUGACAGUUAUGGAGAGAGUAGAACCUCUAGGUGUAACAGCAAUGCCCCCAUGGCUCCUAGAGGCUCAUUGCAUAUAUAAAACAUUUAUACAGAGGUAAUAGUGGCUCUCCCAGAUUACUUCCUGGAGUGGUGCUCUUGUCUAAAGUGGUUCACCUAACCACUGAUAAAGGUCUAAAUGAUAAAAUAAGAAAGUUGACAGGCACUCUAUAUCUGAUUUUAAAAG